AUGAACUCCGAAAGCUGCGAAGUCCCCAUCAUGCUUGACCUCGAGGGCCUCGCCUACGAAGACAUCGCCAAGCUCAACCCCUUCUAUGAAGAAUACAAGACCUUCUGGGACGUCCCUCGGGAUCCCCCCUCCGACUACUCUCUCUUCUCAGGACCCUCAAUCAGCUCCGCCUCGCUCCCCUCAUUGGGCUCCGGGUCCAACUUCUCUUCUCUUCCAUUCGAUGCCGCAACGUCUCCUGCUUUCCGCAUUGGAGCGCAUCCAGACUGCUCAUUUCCGGAGAGUUCCCAGGUCAUUGUGCACGGCGGCCAGCAGUACAGACCUACCUAUGACGAGUGCCAUGACACCGAGUCGAGCCAGAUUGCCAUUGUCGACUGCGAUGCAAUGAAGCGGCCGCUUUCUCCCGUGCGUGAGUGCACAGAAUAUCAAAUGUCCGAUGUUGCGCCGCAUGACCCUGUUGAGGGUGCCCUUGGCCGCUCGAGGUCCUCGCACAAGCAGUUGUUUGGCGCAGGAGGCUGGCUCGGAUGUACCACAGAGGUCGCGACGAACAACAAGCUAAAGCACAAGAGCUUCAAGGCCAUCGGAAAAAAGCUCAAGCAGCACGUGGAAGAAAUCGCCGGCGAAAUGGUCAAGACACAUUCAAUCCCAUUCUAUGUUCCCCGCCAGCCCAGAGUCCUCGACCGAUCAACCGUCGCCAUCUCGCUCGAUCCCACCACACAAGCCAAGCUCUACUCGGAGAUGGAAGUGAUGAUCUGCGUCAGCGCCAACAAGUUCCUCCUCGAGGAGUACAACGGCGGCCGCAUCUCCAAAGACUCGAUCAAGAAGAUCAACAACUACUGGGGCUCAAAGAACCGGCCCGACGUGGUCGAGUUCCAGUUCGACCAAGCGACCCAGCGCCAGCUGAUCCUGUCCAAUAUCCGCACCUUGCACUUCAACGGAGAGAGCUCAACGAACCCAGUGCUUCUCAACUCGAAUCUCCAGAACUGGAAGGCUGUCGUCAAGGAGAUGAGCGUCCGCACAUUUUGUGCCCCGGACAGCGUGAUCCGCAAGCAUAUGCAUGACAUUCAGAAGUUGCUCGACAUGCUUGGUGCUCCGAUCGGUACGUUCCUCGCGUUCGAAGAGUUGCAGAUGCGGACUUUGGCGUUUCUGAAGGAGCAGAGGGCGAGAAAUUACCUUGCUGAGGGUGGGCGCUCCAUGUCGGUGAGGACGAGCCUUUCGUCCCAGUAUUGA